AUGAGUAGUCUCCUCAUCUACACACUUUUAUGUACCAAUCUAAUCAUAAAUUGUUUUCCAGCCAUUGAUGUUUCAACCAUCAAAGUUGGGGACCAACUCAACCGCACUUCUCAGCUCGUUUCCCCCGGUAACAACUUCACAUUAGGGUUCUUCAACCAUUCCGACUCAAAUAACACAUAUUUAGGAAUUUGGUACACCAAUCAAUCCACGAAAGUAUGGGUAGCCAACCCAUCAACACCAAUCAUUUUCCGCUCUAGUGUCCUGAGGAUCGAUCCUGACACAGGGAAACUGAUCAUCACCACUGGUGAAACAACCCUUGUAAAUAUCUCCGAUAAUCAAUUUACUCCUGGGUCUAAUUUGACUGCGAAGCUUGAAGACACUGGUAAUUUCCAACUGAAGAACGAAACUGACAACCAGACUCUGUGGCAGAGUUUUGAUCAUCCAACAAAUGUUCUUCUACCAGGUAUGAAACUCGGGGCAAACCUUAGAACAGAGCAGAGCUGGAACUUAACUUCUUGGUUGUACGAUGAUAUCAGCAAUGAUAAUAGCUUCACUCCUGGUACUUUUACUUUGAGCUGGGAAGCCACUGACGAAGCAUCUCAGAGAUUUAUUAUUCGAAGACGAGGUCAACCCUACUGGACAAGUGGGAAUCUAAAUAAUCAAACAUUUCCGAACAUAAUGUUGAAUAGUUCAUUUAGCCAAUACAUGGAUAACCUUAGUUAUGUAUACAGUAAUGUAGAGAGAUACUUCAGUUUCCAUGUCGUCAGUGGAGUUCGACCCAUGUGGAUUUUGACUCCAGAUGGUAUGCUUUUAGAUGGUGAAAGAAGUAUGUCCUUAACCCCUUUAAGUGAGAAUGAGUUUUGUUAUGGGUAUGAGACAAGUACCGGGUGUUUGGAAGUUCCUGGUUUGGCUCAUGAGUGUAGAAGUAAAAAUGCGAAUUUUACUUUACUGAGUGGGGAAUAUCCUACUGACAGCAGGGUGAGGAGGUCGGAUGCUGGUAAUUCAAGCCUAAGUAGAAGUGAUUGUAUGAUGAGGUGCUGGAAUGAUUGCAGCUGUCUGGCUUUUGAGGAAUAUGAAUACGGAAAUGAUUGUAUUACAUAUACCGGAGACAAAUCAACCAAGCUUAUAACAGAUACGCGAGGAUAUGACAGGCAAAUGUUUGUGUUAGAAUCUCAAGAUGCGAGUAAAGAUAUUAGUGCAAGCAUUUGGGCAGCUGCUGUUGCUGGGAUUUUUCUACUUUUCUUUUGCUUCGGGCUAUUGUGGUAUCUUAAGAAGAGAAAUCUUAGACUAGAAGCUGAGGAGAGACAAAGAAGAGAUGACGAAUACUUUCUUGGUCUGAUGGCUUCAGAUAGCUUCCAUAAUGCAACAAAUCUCGAUAGCAAUGGUAGAAAAAUAAGUGAAAUGAUGGUGUUCAGCCACGCUUCAAUAGUAGCAAGCACAAAUAACUUCGCAAGCAAAAAUAAACUCGGAGAGGGUGGUUUUGGACCUGUUUAUAAGGGGAAACUUAGCGAUGGACAGGAUAUCGCAAUUAAAAGGCUUUCAAGAGCAUCUGGACAAGGGCUUGUGGAAUUCAAGAAUGAACUCGUACUUAUUACCAAAAUACAGCAUACAAAACUUGUUCGGAUUUUAGGUUGUUGUGUUCAUGGAGAAGAAAAAAUGUUAAUUUAUGAGUACAUGCCCAACAAAAGUUUGGAUUUUUUUCUUUUCGACGAAAGAAGAAAGGGACUCCUAGACUGGACAAAACGAUGGAACAUCAUUGAAGGGAUUGCUCAAGAUGAAAGUAUGAACCCCAAGAUUUCUGAUUUCGGUAUGGCGAGAAUUUUCAAACAACAUGAGACUGAAGCAAUGACCAACAGGGUGGUGGGAACAUAUGGUUACAUGGCUCCUGAGUAUGCAAUGGAAGGGACUUUCUCGGUGAAGUCAGAUGUCUUCAGCUUUGGAGUCCUAACCCUGGAGAUUGUGAGUGGAAGGAGAAAUACUAGCUUCUCAUAUCGUGACAAGACUGUCAACCUAAUUGGAUAUGCAUGGGAGCUAUGGCUAGAAGGGAAUGCACUGGAGCUGGAGGAUCCAACGCUAUCCAAUACUCAUGUCAUACAUCAACUGUUGAGGACUAUCCAUGUGGCACUUCUCUGCGUGCAAGAAAAUGCAAUGGAUAGACCAGAGAUGUCAGACGUUUUAUCUAUGCUUAACAAUGACACAAUGUCAUUACCAGUACCAAAACGACCAGCAUUCUUUAUUGGUAGAAGUUCUUCGAAGUCAACUUCAGAUGAAAGGAAGUUGAAUGACUAUUCGGUAAACAAGAUGACAGUUACAUUAAUGGAGGCUCGAUAGCAUGUCAUAGUUCAUUGUUAGUAAAAUGCAAUACUAUUACCACAUCUUAUUUUAUUUAUCUAUAAUUGUACACAAAUGAUUAAAGUAUACACUUAGAUUUUUGCUUUGGAGCUUUUACUUGUGGACUGGUGGCCAAAAUUCUCUUAAUCUUAAUGUCCGGAAUGGGUUCAACCAGGGUCCUUGGUGGAUAUUCAGAUUCUUGAACGCUUAAGUGUAGUUUCCAUUCAGUUUUAUAAAAAAUUAGUGCCUUG